AUGUCGCAGGUAUCUGCAGACGAGGGACACUCGUGGGGUUCGGUGUGUUUUCAUCCGAGUUUCGGAGCCGCGGAAGCCACCAUCGCUUGCCGGCAGAUGGGGCUGGGCACCCUGGGGCUGCCCCGCACGGCCACUUCCUACCCGGGCUUUGCAGCCAGCGCACCGCAACCGCCGUCCGUCGAGCUGCCAACGCUGCUCAAUGUACAGCAGAGGAGGGUUCUAUCCGUCUCCCUGGUCGACUUUACGGGUCACCUUGCACCCACCUACCAAGUCGCUGCCAUCCCAGUGGUGAAAUCGUUCGACAUUCCUCUCGUUCGCGCGCUUUCCUCUUUACCUCUUAAUCCAACUGGAACCCCGCUGUUGCCAUUCAUGUUUGAAACGAUUGUUCCUUUUUUCACACUUGCACCGGUCUUGCAGCGCUGCAAGGGUGAUGAGCAGAGCUUGGAGGAGUGCUCUUGUAGGCCGUUUGGGGAUAAGCCGGGGUGUGCAGCCGAGGACGGCAUGGCGGGUGUGGUGUGCCUGGCAUUCGUCCGUAACACCAACAACAUCAACAACAACGACAAUAGCGCCAUGAACAGUACCUUGAAAGGCACCAUGAAUAGCACAGAAAGCAGCGCCUUUGCCUCCACUUCCGCCUCGGCCUUUACCUCGGCCUCCUCCUCCACCUCCCCCUCCGCUUUUGCCUCGGCCCUUGCCUCUACCCUUGCCUCCACCUCCACCUCCGCUGCCUCCACCGGCGUUGCCCCCGUCUUUACCCAGGCCUUUUCCUCCGCCUUUCUCACCCCCUCCACCGCCUCCUCCACCGCCUCCACUGAUUCCUCGGCACCACACGCGUCAUCCUCGUCUGUGUCCCCGCCGCCGUCACCGUCGAUACCGCAGCAGCCAAGCUCCCACAACUUCACCGCCACGGAAGGCAGUGGUGAUGGCUGGGGCGGCAGCGGCGGCGGCACCGCUGCCGCCGCCAACGUGGUUUGUCGGCAGCUCGGCUACAUCGGCGGCUCGCCCGAGUCCGCUGCCGCCGUCGCCGCCGCCGCUGGCUGGACGGGCGCGGCAACAGCGCCGUUGCCGCUGCCUGCAGCGGUUCUGUCGGGGAUAUCCUGUACGGGCGAGGAACGGGUGCUCCUGGACUGUGCUCACAGCGCUUGGGGCGACGCGGGGGCGUGUAUCGCUGCAGAGAGUGACACGGCGGCGGCGACGGCAUGGUGGGCUCACCUGAUGGCCGUUCGGUGCUACCGAGAGCCUCCCGGCUCACAACCGCAACUGCAACCGCAACCGCAACCAGAUCCCAAGCCGCCCAAGAUGCCGACGGAGCCCUCGCGCAGCCCACCGCCGGUGUACUCGCCCCAUGACCAUCAUCAGCAACAACACAGCCCCCGGCCCAUGUACACGCCGCCGUAUUACGGAGGGGCCAUGCCGCUGCCGCUGCCGGCGUCACCCGAGAAUCCUCCGACGGGACCGGGGACUGGCCUGCAACAGCCAACUGCCUCGCAGGACGAGCCGCCGUCAGUUCCGCCGUCACAAGCACCUACCGUACCGCCCCUUCCGAUCGGGCCCGGCAGUACACAUUCUCCCAUGCCGGCGUCACCGCCACAACCGCUGCCGUCACCGCCGUCUACGCCGCCGGCAGCCCCCCGUUUGCCGCCCCUGAUUACCUUGCUGGUGGCUAUAUCAGCAGACGCAAACCAGGCUCCCACGCCUGCGCUGUCAGGCCUGGGCUUCGUCACGAGUGGCGGCGACCUGAAAUCAUGGAGCUACCUUUGCGGUGACCCGUGGGCCGGUUGGGACUCCAACGCGGCCAAUACGGCGUGUCGUCAGGCGGGCUACAUCGCCGGCGGUGACCCGCUGCGCAUCUGGCGGAGCGAUGCGCUGCCGCAGCUCUUGCCUGGUACAUUGCGCUGUAACGGCCAGGAGGCGUCUCUAUCGGGAUGUGACGUGACGGCGCCGCCAGGCGCCAUUGAAGCAUGGAUGCUCGGCGUGUUCGGUGAGUACGGCGGCAGCGGCGGCGGCGGCAGUGACAGCGGCGGCUGUCAGGCUCUGGCUGCUGUUCGCUGCCGCGGCGAGCCGGCCGUCCCAUCCAGUGUCAUACUUCGCGCGGCGGCCAGGCCAGCGCCUUCCGGCCGCACCUUUGCCACUGCCAGCGCCGGUGAUAACGGGGGUAUUGGUUUCGGAGGGUACGGCGGUAGCAGCAGCACCAGUGACGACACCGCUGCCACCGCCGGCGUGGUGUUCAUCGCGCGCCUUGAGGCCUCUGUCGGCAAUGGACCUUUUGGUGCCGUGUGUCUGGACGACGGCUUUAAUGACGUUGCGGCGGCGGUGGCGUGCCGCGAUUUGGGCUACCCCGCCGGCGGCGUCGUGUAUACUCGCGGUGCAGCAAAGGGCUCCGAAACCAGCGCAAGGGACUUUGUGCAGGACCCUACUCUUGACGCGCGAGGCAGCUUUUUGGGCACGCUGUCUAGCGUCAGGUGCAGCGGCACCGGCAACGGUGGCAUUGCGGCAUGCGCGUCCUGGCGUGCCGACUUGCCGUCGGAUAUGAUCCCCUGCCAUGAGUGGCUCGUCGCGGGUGGGUAUGCUGCUGUUGGGAAGAUGUCUGACAUGGCAGGUGGCUUUGGUGACGUGGAUAAGUAG